AUGGUCACGCAGAGCGGCGUCGCAGAACUAUUCUCAGGAGGCUUCGAACAGACCUCAUCAGUUACUGAAGAAGAAGCCCAGAAGCGAAUCGACUUGCGCGUUACACCCCAGGACAAGAAGUGGAAUGAUGUCCUUCAGGAGUUCCAAAGGCUUCAUGCAGAUGCCGACAUGACGAUAGGUCAAAUUUUAUCGGAAAAGUUUACCACACACGAGGCUCGUCUGUUUAUACCAUCAGAGUCGGAGAUCCUAAAAGUCAUACAAGCGGAAAAUGUCCGCCGAUUCCACGAACGAUUUGAGUCACGAUUUCAAGGCAUCGUGCUUGAUAUUCCCACAAAGUUGACAAUGCUAUACUUUGGGAUCCCUGUUGAGCCAAUGAACUUCCCAUUAGCGGAGAUGACUUUUAAAACGGAUAGUCGAAAGCCAGAGCCGCCCCGAUAUGCCAUUGAUCCACCGUUGCAUUUUCUCACGGCGCAUAAAGAGCGCAAUUGGGGGAAUGAGAUGCUUAUAGGGAGAGAGGACCCAUCGUAUCCCAUACCCGUUGAGCUACCGCAGAGUUGGCUGUCAAGGCUUUCGGAUACCUUUUUGAAAGAACAAGAUUCGCAGAUUGAGCAACCAACUGUGCGACUUCGAGGUGGUGGAGCAAGCGAUAAUAGCGACUGGAGCCAAGAGAUUGAGGACUGGAAUGAAGAUGACAACUUCACUGGCAGUGAAAGCAAUGGAGACGACGGCAACGAAGACAGCGACUAUGAGGACAACACACCAGAGGACCAACUUCACAGGGAAGAAAAGGAAGCCGAAGACGCCACCAUGGAAAACAUUAACAAUGGUGGAAAUUUCAGUUCCAAAGAUCAGCCAGCCGUUACUCCCCAAAGCGAACUCUGGCUGAGACUCUACGGUUUUCAGGGGUAUGUGCCGUUUAUCACAGGAGAUAGGCAGACAUAUGAGACUGCAAUUAGGAGAUUGCUCUCUCUUGGGCCCCAAGAUCACGAACCCUUCUCCCUCGUGCAUUUCGAUGUACAGUCGGCGACGGUCGUCGAUAUUAUCCACGAUUCCCUUCCUUUGCAUCCCGAUAGUAUAACGCUGCAAUACAUCGUGGAAAAGAGACUUGAAGAAGAAGGUUCUCCAGUCGACAAGCACUCAUUCUUUGUUCAUCUGGAACACGAGUCAACCCCCAUUCACUGGGAGCCUAGCCAGGAGCAAUUCAACGCCAGUGUCUCUUGUGUCAGAUGUCCAUUAGACGGAGUGGAGGGCAAAGCAAAAGACCUCGUUGCUUCUUGUUGCUACUUGACUUUCCCCAAAUUUAACGACUCGCAGCCUUCUCUGCAAGACGUGUACGGAUGGGGAGCUGACCAGCUCAAUGCCUACGUCAACACCGCAUUUGAGGUCUUGUUGGGUCGCUCACAGGACUCCUUUCACCACGCAAAUUUUCAACUUGGCAGCUCGAACCUUGAUUUUAUCACAGCUCCUCCAGUCUAUGGUCUUUACACAACUGCCUCGUCUGACAUCCUUCCACUGAUUCCCAACGGUGAUGGGAAGCACUUUCGCCUGAGACGCAGCCUCCUUGGCAGUAACAAAGUCGAGAUUGUGCUGCCUGGUUGUUUCAAGACCGAUAGCCCAAUGUCUGGACAGGGUGGCGAAAUAACCAUGGCCAAUGUAUUGGACUUUAUGCGAAAUAUAAUAUCGUCAGCUUUUGGUGGCCGCACCAAGCACCUCAAAUAUGUGCGCCUGCUCGAUGGGCGUGCAACAUUGGGACCGGAAAUCAGCAGAGAUCAGGAGUACUAUUCAAUUUGCAUGUCUGAUGAGAUACCCCAGAACUCCGAGAUUGACUACUCUUCGGCUCUUUCUAAGAUUGCUGCAACCCCAAAUCCCUUUGUUCUCCUGUACCCAGAGUGGGAGGAAGAUGAGAACGUUCUCCACCUGUCGACAUCUGAUGGAGAGGAUGGUGCUGAGCACUCUAUACACAUGCCCUCACUGUCUUCGACGGUUGACGAAUUUAGGGCCCGCGUGUUUGAGCUGAUGCAGCUCGCUGAAUUUGAGCCCAGUCGAAUCGAAGACAUGAAGCGUGGAGACGCAUUCAUAAGUGUUCAGCCCGAGAUGGAAAACGAGUCCGCAGGCAUCAAUAUCGAUAUGCCUUGUUUCUUCAUUGGGCCCAAUACCACAGACGAAGAGUGGUUUGGUAUUCGUGCCAGGAUACCGACUCCAUCGGCGAAGAUUAAGAUUCUUGAUUCGAAAGCAUGGAAUUGGCGGGAUCAAGUUGACAAGUCCAACAUCUGGGGCCCUCGAUAUGGACUCAUGGCUGGCGUUCAGGCCACAAUCAGCGAGCCCGAGAGCGAAGACGCCAGGGAGCGAGAGAAGGAAGAAGCUCCUCAGGAUAGAGCUCAAGAGACAGUUCAGGAGGCAGCCCAAACACCGGUUCUUGACACCUCCGUUGGUGUAGAGGCUCUUAGGGCAAUACUACGAGAGAUAGAGCCGUUUAAAGCGACUCAUGCUCAGUCGGCCAAAACCCAACGCCCAGGCAGAGAUGCACCUGGUGAUAGCAACGUGCGGCAAGGAUCAUGGACCCCUCAACCCAGUAUCUAUGACAACUACGGAUCGCACUCAUGGCCGAACGACUCUGGCAUGGAAAACCCAUCGAAUGCGCCAACUAUCGGAGGCACGCUUAGCAAAACAUCCAGAAUGCCAAGAGUACGGACAAAUUUCAUGACGUUCACGGAACAGGUACGCCUUCAACAAAAGAACUGGGAGAUGCGAAAGAUUUGCUUGAACCGGACAACACUCCUGCAUGAUGGCUCUCGCGUUUCUGAUCAGCAGACUACGAAAACGAACUCUGAAACUUUCCGCAUGGUGCGAAAGUGUGUGUUUUGCAACAAGAUGAUACCCAACCAUUGGAGCACGGAACAGAUUUAUCGCCAUCUGAGGGGAGAGCAUAGGAACGAGCUCAUGAAAGUGCUAGGAGUUACCAAAGUAACAAUACGGCGGGUCGGCGGCAAAGGUGCCAUCUCUAUCCCACUGAAAAGGGGUGAAAGGCGUCAUAACUCUUCGCCAGUGGCGCUGGCAAAUGAUGACAUGAUUAUCGACAAGCCAGAAGCACAGGAGCAUCACCUUGAGAAGGCUUCUGAGUUUUGUGAUUGUUGUGGCAGCGAUGGAAACCAGCGCGAAUUCAACACGUCUCGUCCAGCUCAAGAUGAACGAGACCAAACUCGGAAAAAUUGCACAGGAUCCGGCGCAGAGUCUGGAGAAUUUUGUCUCUAUUGCGACGAGAAAUUCAGCGACAACGCUACUCAAGCAGAUUGGAAUCGGAACAGCGCUCAUAUGGUCGCUUGCUACGAGAAGAAUAAGGGAGACAAAUCCCAGCUUCUACCGCCAGAUAUUGCGGCAUACAAUCAGGAGCAGGAUAAUCUUCGAAAGCAGAUCAAGGAAGCCGUGCCUCGAGCCAUCGAUUCUGAUGAAGCAGAGGAAAUCGCGGACAUUGAAGGUAUCCUUAAUGCCAUCGACUCUGAAGCAGAGCAGGAUCCGAACGAAAUGGAUCUGGAUGAUUUCAAUGAAGAGCCAAGACGACCAGAACCGAAAAAAGGGUACCAUACACUUUUGGAAGCCAUUAAACGUGCAAUGUCUGGCCAAAAGCCAUCUUCGAUUGUUACUCUUGAGCAAGAUGGAUAUCAAGAAGCUCACCGUGACGCAACUUCGAGAGGCAUCGACAACAUUUCAUUUGAUGAACGCAAUGUGCCUUCUCCAAGCAUCACCCAAAGCAGGGCUCCCUCCGAACCAGCAAGCUCAGAUCCACUGGCGGUCGAGAGCGAAAAAGAGCAUGAAGUUAGCCAACCAGCGACCCGAGAGGUGGCCGAAUCCCCUGAACUCGAACCCCCCGAGUCUUCGGAAUCUGAGCAGGACAAGGGGUCUGAUUUCGAGAAUGAGCCAGAUCAUGACAAGUCUGAUGACGAAGAGUCGGAAGAUGACCCUUAUGGAGAUUCCUCAAGCUCGAAACGUCGCAAACGAGGAGGGAAAAGGCGAGGCAAGAAGGGAGACCGCAACUAUACCUUCUCAGACGACGAAGAUGACGACGAGGAUAGCGAGACAGACGAAGAUGGGAAACGCAUCAAACCACCUCGACGCGAUCCAUCACCUAAUUGGCAGAGGAUUCUUGGGCCUGAAGAUCCAGAUUUUGAGCCGACUGACGACUAUUACUGCUCGAAAUGUUUCCGCAAGGCUCCCAAGAAACAUAAACGGGAUAGGUCCCCCCUGGGAAGGACGAAGGAAAUUGAGCUUCAUUACGAUAAAAAUCGCUGCUGCGGGAUCCGUCACGGCAUAGGAUCAACCCAGGGACUUCCCAACCGAAGCGGCUGGAUUCCAUCAGCCGACAUGCCAAAACCUCUCGGCAAUCUUAAAAAACAGUUCCUCAGUCAAUAUCCCGCCUACUCUCGCACCUUGUACCCCCUCAACGCCUCCAACGCAAACGGCUCCUACUACCGCUCCGACCCAAACAACGACGACAACAAAAGCUACUGGGACAUUCCCUGGCCUCCAUUCCAAGGCCCGACGCCUCUACCCAACGGCUGGGAUGCUCCCGACGACCUCAAUAUUCCAGCCACCGGAAAGGCUCGGAAGCAGUUCAAACUGAGGUCAGAGGGAGACUCAACGUACGUCCAAGACAAAAAUGUUCAUUAUUCAGAUGAUGAGGAGAUAGCAUCGGACAAGGGCAUCAACGGAAAGAGGAAGAGGAAGAGCAGACCUUCUUCUGCGGUCAACAGCAGACAUACGACUCCUAAACCUGUCGAGAAACCACAGAAACCUGACGCAAAGGCAGAGAAAGCGGCCACACCUCGAUCCGUGAAGAAGAAAGAAACGGUAUUGCAGAAGGCGCUGAAGGGAAAGGCAGCCAGAGCACGAAAAGCGCCGCAAAAGAAAACGGAAAGAAAGGAGCCGACUAGAAGAUCAGCAAGGAAACGCCUCAAGACCGGGUAG